AUGAAAAAGGUAUUUUUCUACAAAAAAUUUAGUUUGUUCUCAGAGAUUGAUCUUUAUAAUCCAGAAGAAAAAUUUAGAAUCGAAAAUGAUAAUUUAUUAUAACACAGAUAGAAUAAGAGUAAAUACUUAAUAUUUAAUUUGAAGAAGAAAUAACUGUAUAUUAAGACAAAUUAAUUAUUGAAAAAAGAAUUCAAACACACUAUUUAUUUGAUUAAUUAAAAGCAAAAAAUGAUAGGACUUCUCUGUUUACUAAUAUAGAUUACAAAUAUUGCUGUUGUUAAAUCACAGUGCUAUUAAGGAUGCAAAAAUUGCAUUUUAGACCAAAAUACGUUUAGUUAUACUUGUUAAGGUUGCAAUUAACACUUUCAAUAUGAUUAUUCUUAGAAUAAUUGCGUUUAUUAGGAUUGCUAGCAGUAAAUGUUAUUAUAAAUUGAUGAUAACUAAUAAAGCUAAUGCGUAAGUAUUUGUGAAGAUAACUCAACAAGCCAAAAUGCUUUGAAUUAAUGCAUUUAAACUAGAAUUUGUAGCUAAAACUAUAAUACUUAGGCAUCUUUUAGUAAUAAUUAAAAGGUAUUAGAUAUUUUGUAAUAUUAAUAAUCAUACAAUAUAAUAAAAUAUAAUGGCUUCUUAAACAUAAUAAAUUCAGAAAAUGGUUAAUUUACUCUGAGCGUGUAGCUUGAAACUACCACUGUAUUAUGUGAUUUUGUUUUUGGGAAGCUAAUUCUAGUAAAAUAAAAUAAUUAACUCUAUGAAUUUAUUUUAGAAAAUUAAUAACAAAUAUAAAUAAGUUAAAUACCACAAGGUAUAAUCAAUUCCUAGAGUAUUAUUAAAGGUAUUUCAUAAGAUCUUUUAAUUAUUACAUCUACAGAAUAGAAUAGUCAAAACUUAUUUAUUAAUACAUUUAGAUUCUCAAACAACAUAGUUAGUUUUGUCAACUAUAUUUAAAUACCAAUUUCAAAUUAGAAAGUGUACUUUUUUGAUGGAAAAGUCAUAUAGGUUAAUUCAAAUACAAUAAAAAUAAAUGAAUUAUAGGAUAACUAAGAUGCAAUAACAUUGAAAGUUUUAUCAGAAAAUAUUAUUUGCUCAUGGAGCGCAAACUUCAUAAUAUUAAAUAUCCUUACUUCUGCAGACUAAUUAUCAUUUUACAUAUUUAUAUAAAAUAGUCAAUCUAUUUAUAAGUAUUCACAAAACAAGCUUAGUUGCAACCAAAUAAAUUUGAUAGGAAAUAUAAAUAAUGCAAUUUUAAUUAAUUCUUCUGUUGGCUAAUUGCUAAUAUAUUAAUUCGAUUUUGUGUUAUAAAUUUAAUAAAUAGAUUAACAAAUAACAUCAUAAAUUUAGAUGCAAUAGAAUAUUGUCAAUAUUUAGUAUUAUUUGACUGGUAGCUGA